UAAAGCUUUUAUCUUCUCCCAGAUCCCCAAAGGGAAAACCCGAAAAGAAAAGCAAGCGGAGGUGGGAUGGCGACCGGACGCGAGGCCGGCGAGCCGGCGAUGGCGGAGGAGGAGAGGGACUGGGCGGAUCUGACGCCGGUGUGCCUGGCGGAGGCGUUCUCGCGGCUGGGCCCGGAGGACCUGUGGCGCGGCGCCAUGGCGUGCUGCCGCGCCUGGCGGGAGGCCGCGCGCUCCCGGCCGGCGCUCUUCGCCGCGCUCGACCUCGAACCGGCCUUCGAUGCCGUCGGCGCCGACGCCGCCGAGUGGUGGACGCCCGCCUUCCAGCGCCGCGUCGACGCCAUGCUCCGCUCCGCCGCCUCGCUCGCCGCCGGGGAGCUCCGCGAGGUCCGUGUCCGGCACUGCUCCGACGACGCCCUCGCCUUCGCCGCCAAGAGCUCCCCACAGCUCAGCAUCCUUUCCAUCCAAAGCAGCCCAAGCGUAACUGACCGAUCAAUGCUCACUGUUGCGUCCUGCUGUCCUAUCCUCACAGAAUUGGACAUCAGCUACUGCUACGAGGUCUCAUACAAGUCGCUCGAGGUAAUUGGGCAGAGCUGCCCUAACCUCGUAGUCCUUAAGAGGAGCAUAUUCAACUGGCUUGAUUCAUCAGAGCAUGUACGAACAGUUCCAGCAGAGUAUCUAAGAGCAUGCCCCCAGGACGGCGACAGGGAAGCAAUAGCGAUCUCGAGGUCCAUGCCAAAGCUGAAACAACUCGUGCUCAGGUUCGCAAAGCUAUCUGGCGUCGGCCUCAACUCGAUCGCAGAAGGAUGCAAGGAGCUGGAGGUCCUGGACCUGUUUGGCUGCGCGAAUUUGACGAGCAGGGGCAUAGAGCAGGCUGCUGCUAACCUGAAGAACCUGGAGAUGCUGGUGAAGCCCAACUUUUACAUACCGAGGUCGGCCUUCCACAUGGAGAGGUACGGGCACUGGCAGUUAUACGACGAGAGGUUCCAGACAAACGUAUUUCAGAUAUGAAAAGAACAACCCUCGUGUUCUCAGGGUCGCCUCUGACUGACGACGUCUCGCAUGCUCGUUACUGUUAUAUACUGUAUGUGUAUGACAGGUAUGUUUGUUUGGAGAGCAGUAACAUUCUGUUUCAGCCAUCUUUCUGCACAAUAUAUAUACAUGGGAGAUGGUUUUGCCUCCAGUAUUUGUAAAUUUAUUUAUGUGCAAUGAUACGUUGUGGUUUA